GAGGUGUCUGGCGGCGGCUCGGGCUAUAACCGAUGAGGAAGCGUCUCCUGUGUUAUAUAUAGCGGGACGAAAUUAUUUAUUCGGCGUAUCUAAAGCACUUGAUAAGGUCAGAAUGCAGAUCUUUGUGAAAACCCUGACUGGCAAAACCAUUACCUUGGAAGUUGAGCCAAGUGACACAAUAGAGAAUGUCAAAGCAAAGAUCCAAGACAAAGAAGGUAUCCCCCCAGACCAGCAGAGGUUGAUCUUUGCCGGCAAGCAGCUGGAAGAUGGCCGCACCCUUUCUGACUAUAAUAUCCAGAAAGAAUCCACCCUGCAUCUUGUCCUUCGUCUGAGAGGUGGAAUGCAGAUCUUUGUAAAAACCCUGACUGGCAAGACCAUCACCCUGGAGGUAGAGCCAAGUGACACAAUAGAGAAUGUCAAAGCAAAGAUCCAAGACAAAGAAGGUAUCCCUCCAGACCAGCAGAGGUUGAUCUUUGCCGGCAAGCAGCUGGAAGAUGGUCGCACACUUUCUGACUAUAAUAUCCAGAAAGAAUCCACCCUGCAUCUUGUCCUUCGUCUGAGAGGUGGAAUGCAGAUCUUUGUAAAAACCCUGACUGGCAAGACCAUCACCCUGGAGGUAGAGCCAAGUGACACAAUAGAGAAUGUCAAAGCAAAGAUCCAAGACAAAGAAGGUAUCCCUCCAGACCAGCAGAGGUUGAUCUUUGCCGGCAAGCAGCUGGAAGAUGGCCGCACCCUUUCUGACUACAACAUCCAGAAAGAAUCCACCCUGCAUCUUGUCCUUCGUCUGAGAGGUGGAAUGCAGAUCUUUGUAAAAACCCUGACUGGCAAGACCAUCACCCUGGAGGUAGAGCCAAGUGACACAAUAGAGAAUGUCAAAGCAAAGAUCCAAGACAAAGAAGGUAUCCCUCCAGACCAGCAGAGGUUGAUCUUUGCCGGCAAGCAGCUGGAAGAUGGUCGCACACUUUCUGACUAUAAUAUCCAGAAAGAAUCCACCCUGCAUCUUGUCCUUCGUCUGAGAGGUGGAAUGCAGAUCUUUGUAAAAACCCUGACUGGCAAGACCAUCACCCUGGAGGUAGAGCCAAGUGACACAAUAGAGAAUGUCAAAGCAAAGAUCCAAGACAAAGAAGGUAUCCCUCCAGACCAGCAGAGGUUGAUCUUUGCCGGCAAGCAGCUGGAAGAUGGCCGCACACUUUCUGACUAUAAUAUCCAGAAAGAAUCCACCCUGCAUCUUGUCCUUCGUCUGAGAGGUGGAAUGCAGAUCUUUGUAAAAACCCUGACUGGCAAGACCAUCACCUUGGAAGUAGAGCCAAGUGACACAAUAGAAAAUGUCAAAGCAAAGAUCCAAGACAAAGAAGGUAUCCCUCCAGACCAGCAGAGGUUGAUCUUUGCCGGCAAGCAGCUGGAAGAUGGCCGCACCCUUUCUGACUACAACAUCCAGAAAGAAUCCACCCUGCAUCUUGUCCUUCGUCUGAGAGGUGGAAUGCAGAUCUUUGUAAAAACCCUGACUGGCAAGACCAUCACCCUGGAGGUAGAGCCAAGUGACACAAUAGAGAAUGUCAAAGCAAAGAUCCAAGACAAAGAAGGUAUCCCUCCAGACCAGCAGAGGUUGAUCUUUGCCGGCAAGCAGCUGGAAGAUGGCCGCACACUUUCUGACUAUAAUAUCCAGAAAGAAUCCACCCUGCAUCUUGUCCUUCGUCUGAGAGGUGGAAUGCAGAUCUUUGUAAAAACCCUGACUGGCAAGACCAUCACCUUGGAAGUAGAGCCAAGUGACACAAUAGAAAAUGUCAAAGCAAAGAUCCAAGACAAAGAAGGUAUCCCUCCAGACCAGCAGAGGUUGAUCUUUGCCGGCAAGCAGCUGGAAGAUGGCCGCACACUUUCUGACUAUAAUAUCCAGAAAGAAUCCACCCUGCAUCUUGUCCUUCGUCUGAGAGGUGGAAUGCAGAUCUUUGUAAAAACCCUGACUGGCAAGACCAUCACCUUGGAAGUAGAGCCAAGUGACACAAUAGAAAAUGUCAAAGCAAAGAUCCAAGACAAAGAAGGUAUCCCUCCAGACCAGCAGAGGUUGAUAUUUGCCGGCAAGCAGCUGGAAGAUGGCCGCACCCUUUCUGACUACAACAUCCAGAAAGAAUCCACCCUGCAUCUUGUCCUUCGUCUGAGAGGUGGAAUGCAGAUCUUUGUAAAAACCCUGACUGGCAAGACCAUCACCCUGGAGGUAGAGCCAAGUGACACAAUAGAGAAUGUCAAAGCAAAGAUCCAAGACAAAGAAGGUAUCCCCCCAGACCAGCAGAGGUUGAUCUUUGCAGGCAAGCAGCUGGAAGAUGGCCGCACACUUUCUGACUAUAAUAUCCAGAAAGAAUCCACCCUGCAUCUUGUCCUUCGUCUGAGAGGUGGAAUGCAGAUCUUUGUAAAAACCCUGACUGGCAAGACCAUCACCCUGGAGGUAGAGCCAAGUGACACAAUAGAGAAUGUCAAAGCAAAGAUCCAAGACAAAGAAGGUAUCCCUCCAGACCAGCAGAGGUUGAUCUUUGCCGGCAAGCAGCUGGAAGAUGGCCGCACACUUUCUGACUAUAAUAUCCAGAAAGAAUCCACCCUGCAUCUUGUCCUUCGUCUGAGAGGUGGAAUGCAGAUCUUUGUAAAAACCCUGACUGGCAAGACCAUCACCUUGGAGGUAGAGCCAAGUGACACAAUAGAGAAUGUCAAAGCAAAGAUCCAAGACAAAGAAGGUAUCCCUCCAGACCAGCAGAGGUUGAUCUUUGCCGGCAAGCAGCUGGAAGAUGGCCGCACACUUUCUGACUAUAAUAUCCAGAAAGAAUCCACCCUGCAUCUUGUCCUUCGUCUGAGAGGUGGAAUGCAGAUCUUUGUAAAAACCCUGACUGGCAAGACCAUCACCUUGGAGGUAGAGCCAAGUGACACAAUAGAGAAUGUCAAAGCAAAGAUCCAAGACAAAGAAGGUAUCCCUCCAGACCAGCAGAGGUUGAUCUUUGCCGGCAAGCAGCUGGAAGAUGGCCGCACACUUUCUGACUAUAAUAUCCAGAAAGAAUCCACCCUGCAUCUUGUCCUUCGUCUGAGAGGUGGAAUGCAGAUCUUUGUAAAAACCCUGACUGGCAAGACCAUCACCUUGGAGGUAGAGCCAAGUGACACAAUAGAGAAUGUCAAAGCAAAGAUCCAAGACAAAGAAGGUAUCCCUCCAGACCAGCAGAGGUUGAUCUUUGCCGGCAAGCAGCUGGAAGAUGGCCGCACCCUUUCUGACUACAACAUCCAGAAAGAAUCCACCCUGCAUCUUGUCCUUCGUCUGAGAGGUGGCAUGCAGAUCUUUGUAAAAACCCUGACUGGCAAGACCAUCACCCUGGAGGUAGAGCCAAGUGACACAAUAGAGAAUGUCAAAGCAAAGAUCCAAGACAAAGAAGGUAUCCCCCCAGACCAGCAGAGGUUGAUCUUUGCCGGCAAGCAGCUUGAAGAUUGCCGUAGUCUUGCUGAUUACAAUAUACAAAAAGAGUCAACUCUGCAUCUUGUCCUUCGUCUGAGGGGUGGAAUGCAGAUCUUUGUAAAAACCCUGACUGGCAAGACCAUUACUCUGGAGGUAGAGCCAAGUGACACAAUAGAGAAUGUCAAAGGAAAGAUCCAAGACAAAGAAGGUAUCCCUCCAGACCAGCAGAGGUUGAUCUUUGCUGGCAAGCAGCUGGAAGAUGGCCGCACCCUUUGUGACUACAACAUCCAGAAAGAAUCCACCCUGCAUCUUGUACUUCGUCUGAGAGGUGGAAUGCAGAUCUUUGUAAAAACCCUGACUGGCAAGACCAUCACCCUGGAGGUAGAGCCAAGUGACACCAUAGAGAAUGUUAAAUCAAAGAUCCAAGACAAAGAAGGUAUCCCUCCAGACCAGCAGAGGUUGAUCUUUGCCGGCAAGCAACUAGAAGAUGGCCGCACCCUUUGUGACUACAAUAUCCAGAAGGAAUCCACCCUGCAUCUUGUCCUUCGUCUGAGAGGUGGAAUGCAGAUCUUUGUAAAAACCCUGACUGGCAAGACCAUCACCCUGGAGGUAGAGCCAAGUGACACCAUUGAGAAUGUUAAAUCAAAGAUCCAAGACAAAGAAGGUAUCCCCCCAGACCAGCAGAGGUUGAUCUUUGCCGGCAAGCAGCUGGAAGAUGGCCGCACCCUUUGUGACUACAAUAUCCAGAAAGAAUCAACUCUGCAUCUUGUCCUUCGUCUGAGAGGUGGCUUUUGAGUUUGAUAUUCAAAUCAAAACAUAAGUAGAACUUGACUUCAGGCACAGGCAGAACAUUAAGCCAGUAGAGUUAAUUGCUGAUUAACUUCAUUUGGGCAAUUUUGCAGCUGUAUUGCUUACUGACCCCCCACCUUUUUAGGCUUGAAUGGUAUAAGGGUGAAGACAGAUGGGGCGAUAAGUCGCCGCACUUUUAAAAUUCCAGUUGCACCGACUAAUUGCCACUGCUUCUCAUAGCGGUGAUUUGUACUGCGUUGUCGCAGUGACUUGUAUAUUUUGUGUGGAGAUUGUGGAAUUGCUGUGUUUUUUCAUCACUGCAACUGGGUUUUCCUAAAAGUCACAGCGACUUAUCGCCCUGUCUUCACCCUAAGAAUCCAUGACACAAAUAUGCCUAAUAAAAUUUUAUAUAAAUACCAACAAA